AUGGGCGGUGGUCUUCUUGGCGUGGACGGCGUCGUGUGGCGUGCGCGCCGCAGCCACGUCGUGGCGACCUUCUUCACGCGCGACGCCCUCCGCAGCGCCGUGCCGGUGGUGGACCGCCACUUGGAUGGCACCGUGGCGGCCCUCGAGGCCCGAGGGGACACCGAGGCGCCGAUCAACAUGCACGAGCACUACUUCAUCCCGCUCAUGCUGGCCAUCAUGACCGACCUGCUGUGUGGCAGCGACGCCGCGCACGACAAUGACAACGACGCAGCGCCCAUCGACGGUCCCACGCCCUCCAUGCCUGCUCACGGUGCUCAUCGCGGCGACGGGGGCACCAACCCUUAUGGCUCGGACCGAGCCAUCGAGGCCGAAGCCCUGCUGUUCAUGUUUGCUGGCUUCGAGAGUGCUUCCAACACCCUGGCUUACGCCGCGCACCUCUUGGCCCGCCAUCCCGCUGCCCAGGAGCUCGCCCGCGCCGAGGUGGUCUCGGAAUGCAAAGGUCGCCCUACGAGGCUCGCCAUGUUGGAGAUGAAGAUCAUUCUGGCGCGCCUCCUCAGCCAGUUCCGCUGCGAACUGAGAGACCUUCAAAUGGCCCGGAUCCUCGUGCCAAAAAUUGGGAAACUCCUUUUAGUCAACCUGGCCCACACCAAGAUGGUCCUCUUCUUCCUCAUUGCCUGCGCUCCUUCGCCUGCGAGUAGCGUACCCUCGAGGUUCGACUGGAGAGACCAGGGCAUUAUGACCCCCGUUAAGAACCAGGGUUAUUGUGAUGCGGGCUAUGCGUUCGCCCCGGCUGCUGCCCUCGAGGCCUACUUGAAGUGGAAGACGGGGAAGACGGUCUACAUUUCCGAGCAGGACAUCAUCGACUGCUCGUAUAGGAAGUUCAUGGGCGGCGCUCAUAACGGUGGCUGCGAAGGGGGUUGGCCCACCGCGACCUUCGAGUACUUUAAUGUGAAGGAUAUAGUCCCCGAGGACAAAUAUCCCUACACAUCCGGUAGAACGCAAAGACACGGUGUCUGCCGCAUCGCCGAUCCGAUCAAUAACGACAUAAGAGGUAGACUUAAGAUCAAGAACGUCAGAACGAGAGACGAGAAUCAGAUGGCCGAACUACUCGUGUCCAAGGGGCCUCUGGUCGUUGCUUUGGGCACGGAUGGCGAGUUCGACCACCUCGGCGAUGGUGUCUUCGACACGGACCAUGCCAUUAAUCUUCAGCCCAACCACGCCGUGCUCCUCGUUGGAUACGGUACGCAGAAUGGCAAGGACUACUGGGUCAUCAAGAACUCGUGGGGUACUGGCUGGGCUACCCAUGGCUACGGAAAGAUUCGGCGUGGCAGGAACAUGUGCAAUCUUACGGCGUUUGGUGUCUGGUAUGUUGAGGAGUAA